UUGCACUUAGUAUUGCGUGUACGGAAAUGCACGGAGUUUAUUCAAGCCGCAGUUAUUUUUUUCUCAAAAACGUCCUUGAGUAUUUUGGGGCAUGUCGGGCGCGGCAAGAAGAUUGACUGGCCUGACUGGCUUGAAAGCUGCAGAGGAGCCACAUAAGAAACUUGUUAAUCUGUAUGAACGUACCCUUCGAGUGCUGAGUAAAAUGCCAUCUGAUGCUGGAUACAGGGUGAACACACAUGCUAUUGUUAAAAACCGAUUACAGCUGGUGCAGACAGAAAGUGACCUAAAUACUUUAGAAAGGAAGAUCAACAAUGGAAAAAUUGAGGAGGUGAUAAGACAGGCAGAAAGAGAACUUCACUUGGCCAGAAAUAUGUUACAGUUUAAACCAUGGGAACCUCUGAUUGCGCAGCCACCAAAAAAUCAGUUUCAGUGGCCACCUAAUUAAUGGACUGCUUUAUUUAACUUAGCUCUUUUUGAAUUGAUAUCUGAGUGUAUACGAAGAUGUAAAGAAACUUACAAAAUAAAUGUUAUUGAAGAAACAUAA